AUGUUUGCACCGGGCGCUGAGCAGCUUUCCAAGGAGGAGAUCAAGGCCGGAGAAGCUGAGGCUCGCCAGACCAUUCAGAGCGCGAUCGUCGGUGGUAUUCUGCUGUACCUUUCUCCUUUCGCCGUCGACUUCGUCAAGAAGUUCCUCUGA